UAGGAUGGCUACCAACUACUCCCGGGCAGUACUACAAUUGUAUGGUUCCGGAUUUCAUGUGCUAAUCUCAUUGAUCUGGGCUUGUGUGAACCCGCUGUACUGGGGUUGCUGGUUAGUGAGAGUGCUGUAUCAGCAUUCUCUGUCGAAUGCUGGGGAAAUACCCGACAAUAUAAAAAGUACACCCCAAGCUUGAACAGGCCCAACUCCUGAAAAUGGUUCGUCACCCAUUUCAAAAGUUAUGCUGUGUGCAGCCAAUCGAUGGCCAACAACCUUUCCUCUUGGCAGCUUCGGGGGCCAUAAUCAGCUCUUUCAACCUCAAGGAUGGGACACUUAUGAGCCAAUGGUCUCGGCCAGAGGAAAGAGAGGCCCAGGCCAAUGGUGCAGCCUCGUCUAACGGUCAGGAGGAGCCCCCUGUCAAAAGACGGAGAGUCGAGGGGCAGAAUCCAGCAGAUCUCUCUCGGCAGGCUACAGACGAAUCCGUCGAGAUCAUCUUCGACAGCCAAAAAGGAGGAAAGGGGAAACCUUUAGCGGAGGGUCCUCAGUUGUCCAAUGUCUCGCACAUCAUCGUCACGAGUGACGGAGCCACGGCCAUCGCAGUGACCACGACAGACAAGUCAAUCAACGUCUUUGCUGUACGACCUGGCGGAGUCCUGGACUUGCAAAGCCAAAGGACAAUGCCCAAAAAGGUGUCUUCGAUCGUCCUUACGGCCGACGAAAAGAAUAUUAUCGUUGGGGACAAGUUCGGCGACGUUUAUCUGCUACCUUUACACCAUAUAGAAGGCUCGGUGCCGAAGAAGGUGGAGAGCAAUCAGGCUCCACGCCCCUUCAGUCCCUCAGCGUCCGAACUGACAGUUCACACGAAACGAAACCUCGAAGCGCUGCGGCAACAGCAGAAACAGAAGGCCGCCCAACCGAAGAAAGAAGGCCCCAACUUCCAGGUGAAACUUCUACUGGGUCACGUUUCACUUCUGACCGACGUAGCCAUCGCCGAAGUCCAGGAUGGAAUGAAACGAAAGCAGUAUAUUCUGAGCGCGGAUCGGGAUGAACAUAUUCGUGUCUCCCGGGGCAUCACCCAGGCUCACAUCAUUGAGAACUAUUGCUUGGGGCAUCGGGACUUUGUGAACAAACUAUGUGUGACACCAUGGAACCCCGAGUUCCUGGUGGCAGGUAGCGCAGAGCCGUCGUUAAAAGUCUAUCAUUUCCAAACGGCGCGUUUACUUGAUCAAGAACUCUUCCAGGGAGCUGUGCAACAGGAUAUCACCAGUGCGCUGAGCAUGGACGACGGCGAGCGUUCACUAGACCGCCUUGUUGUUUCCGGCAUCUGGCCCGUACAUUACACGGUGGCUGGUAACUCGCCACGUUCUCGUCAUCCUCCCCACGUUUUGCUAGUCGCGUUCGAAGGACUUCCACUCCUCCUGAGCUACAGCCUCACAGCGGCAGGUCAGCUGGUUCACCAUCAAACCCUGACACUAGGUGGAAAUGUAUUGGAUGUCGGCAUUGGGCCUGCUCUAUGGGAUAUCGUGGUCAGUAUCGAUACGGUGCACAAGCCUGGCUCUAUGAAGAUUGUCCGCCCUGAAGAAACUCCUGCAACCGAGUUCUUUGAGACCUUCGAGUUAUUCUCGAACUUGACUGUGGACGAGGCCGGGUUAGUUCAGUCCGAGAACCGCGACGAGCCUGAACUGCGCUGGGAGAGGACGAGCUUGGCAAUGCUUCUGAAUGAGGCAGCUUCGAGUUGCAAGACGCAAGAGGUUUCAUUGGAAGCACCACCCAAAACCCACAGUGUGUACAGUCCUCUGGGAGAGAGUCUAUACGGUCUGGAAAAUCUUCGGAAGAAGAGAGGGUUGCAGGCCCAAGAGGAGGAUGCCGAAGCCGAAGGCGAACCUGACGCGGGAAACUUGGAAGGCGGCGACGAGAUACCAACAGCUACAGAAGAGGGUGCUUAAUGAGACGUUGAUGACGGUCGACUUGAAUGAGACCGAUUUGACUGCCAUAAGGCCGAAUUUGGUGUAAUCCUGCAACGUCCAAUACUGUAGAAUAUAAGAUCGUCUUCAGACAUAGCGAGGGAUGUACUUCAAUCUAUAGUCCAUCAAAUCUAUAUAUUUUCCUGCUG